AUGCCCCCCGCCACAGCCAACAUCCCCGUCAUCGACCUCGCCGGCGACGAGGCCGACGUCGCCCGGCAGCUCGUCGCCGCCGCCGAGGAGCACGGCUUCAUCUACAUCAAGAACCGUGGCAACGACAUUCCCGCCGCGGCAGUCGACGAGGCCUUUUCCUUGUCACGGAGGAUCUUUGACACGCCGCUCGAGGAGAAGCAGCGGUGCUCCAUCCAGACCAACAACCGCGGCUGGACGGGCAUGCACGCCGAGACGCUGGAUCCCAAGAACCAGAGGAUCGGCGACUUCAAAGAGGCCUUCAACUUUGGCGAGUUCGUCGACGGCAAGGCCCAGCAGCCCAUCCCCUCGACCAUCGCCGCCGAAGAGGCCCGCUUCGCCGCCUUUGCAGACUCGUGCCGCCGCCUGUGCCACAAGAUCCUCUACCUGCUCGGCCUCGGCCUCGACGUCGGCGACUUCUUCUCCUCGGCGCACUUCACCACGCAGUCCGGCUCCGGCACCAUCCUCCGUUUCCUGCGCUACCCCCCUGCCGACGCCGCCAGCGCCAGCGCCGACGUCCGCGCCGGCGCCCACUCCGACUACGGCUCCAUCACGCUGCUCUUCCGCCUCCCCGGCCAGGCGGGCCUCGAGGUCCUGCGCCGCGACAACGUCUGGGCCCCCGUGCCCGUGUCCCCGCCCGGCACCGCCGCGGACCCCUCGCCGCCCAUCCUCGUCAACAUCGGCGACCUGCUGUCGUACUGGACCAACGGCCUGUUCCGCAGCACCGUCCACCGCGUCGUGUUUCCGGCCGAGGGCAGUGGCGCCGCCGUCGAGGGAGAGUCCAGCGCCGGGCCGAGGUACUCGAUUGCCUUUUUCUGCCAUCCCGUCGGCACGACGCGCCUGGAGCCCGUGCCCAGUCAAAAGGUCAAGGACUAUGUGCCUGCGGGAGAGGCGGUGAGUGCCAAUCCAUAUGCGGAGAGGAAGGUCAUGACUGCAGACGAGCACCUGUUUAUGAGGCUCAAGGAGAGUUAUGGCACGCUGUACGACGAGAAGAAGGAAGACGGCUCAAAAUCAUGA